AUGAACACAGCGAGUCCUUGGUCUGAAACCAUAAUUCCCGGCACUGCAGGCCCCUCUCUCGCCUUGUCUCGGGACACAGCGGGAGCACCUCGCUGCACGCAGCGCUCCCGAGAGAUCCCGGAAAGGCUGCGGCGAGGAGAGAGCGAGCCCAGCAAAUUGUUGAGCUUUACCUCAGCUUGGUUCAGUUUCCGCAGUAAUUGUGAUAAACGUGAUGAUACUCUCUUUUCUCACCUUGUCAUUAACCACAUCAGGCCGAUUUCAUCCCGGAGCGCCCAGCUCUCCAGGCCGGCACUGCAUAGCUUAGCUGGGUCAGCUCACCGCCUUAGGGUGCCAAACCUUGCCGUACCACGCGUGCCAACUGCUGCAUUUAUCCAGCCGGAUAACUCUGAGCAGAGGAGAGCUGAACACAGGGCCGUGCCCGGAGCCCUGCCGGCGGAGAGGCCGCAGCCCGGGCAGGCCGCAGCCGGCUGGCCCCCCGGCGCGCCCCCCCGCGUGCCCCCCGCCUCGCUGCAGCGACACGUGGCCGCGUGCCGCCUGCGCCGCAUGGGCUACUCCGACCAGGAGCAGGAGGCCAUGUACGAUGCCAGCUUUUUCUACGAGAAGCGGCAGGUGCCCACGGUGACCAUGGAUAAAGAUCUACAGUUUCACAUUGUUCAGCAAGCUAGAGCUGAAAGUGCAAAAGAAGGUGCAGGCUACAGCCAAGGCUGCUACUCCUCGGUGCCCGUGGAGGUCCCGCAGAACCAUAAGCGUUUCACCUGUGACCUGACUCAGGCCGACCGCCUCGCCCUUUACGAUUACGUCGUUGAAGAAACGAAGAAGCAGAGGUCUAGGUCCCAAAUCACGGAAAAUGACAGUGAUCUCUUUGUGGAUUUAGCAGCAAAGAUCACCCAAGAUGAUAGUCAGAAAGGCCCCAAAUCCCAUCUGGAGAUUCUGGCUGAAAUGCGGGACUACAAAAGGCGGCGUCAGUCGUACAGGGCCAAGAAUGUUCAUAUCACAAAGAAGUCUUACACAGAGGUGAUUCGGGAUGUCAUUGGUGUGCACAUGGAAGAACUCAGCCAUCACUGGCAGGAGGAAAACAGGUUGGAUAACGCAGAAAUAUGUGAAGGCGGGAAGUCAAAGUCUUCAGGAAGGGAGGAGAGGCGCUCGGCCUCGGUGGACUCGCGGCAGUCGGGUGGGAGCUGCAAGGACACUGAGCGCCCGAGGCACCGGAGGGAGAGCAGCAGGAGCCCGAGCAAACGGAAAAGGAGUCGUGAAAGAGGCAAGGACAGAGAUUCUCGGAGAAAGAGGGAAAGGGACGAUGACAAGUAUCACAGCCACAAACGAAGAAAGUAGAAGCAAGA